GUUACUGUGUGUUUGCUUCCUCUCUCCACCUCCUUCGCGUCUCCAUCCGGGGAAGGAGGAAAGGGCGCCACUCUGGGCCGUUCCGGAGGCAUGGACCCGGUCGCCCCCGAAACCCAGGGCGAGGAGGCAGAGCGGCGGAGGCUCUUCCUCGUGAAAGGUGGUCUGUUUCUUACUACAGUCGCUACUGCAGGAAUUCUAGCAGGUUUUGGUACAACGCUUUCCAUGGCAAAAAAGAAAAACCCCAACUGGUUUAAUAAGGGUGUGGUGGCUACGGCUGCUUUGCCAGAGAGUGGUCCAUCCCUUGCUUUGCGUGCCUUAGGAUGGGGCUCACUUUACGCCUGGUGCGGAGUAGGACUCAUCAGUUUUGCUGUCUGGAAGGUUUUGGGUGUUCACAGUAUGAAUGAAUUUCGGAACAAAAUGCAGUUGAUAUUCCCAACGAUUCCAAAAAAUGCAGAACAGCCUUUUGAAUGGGAGGACAUUCUAAAAUCAAAGUGAAUGGCACAUUGAAGAGCUCUGAACAUUUACAAAUUCUAGAAGAGUUAAAUUCAUGCAGAAUUGUCACCCUUCAAGGCAUGGAGAAGAAAGAAGAUAAUCGUUCACAAUGCAAUCUGGCAUUAAUUUGGUAGACUAUGAGUAAAAUUUUGUUGGAUUAUUGCUACUACCUCAGGUGAUGGCACAUUUUGAUAAAGCCAGACAUGUGGAUGAGGAAAUUGUGUGAAGUGAGCUUGAUAUUUAUCAAUAAAACCAAAAGACAAAUCUCAGUGGUAUACAUCAACAAUAAAAUAAAUACUAAUGCAAA